GCGAUUAAAUUCGUACCACGGUAACACUGCACAUUUGAGGCUGUAGUACUACAAAAAAGUUAACAUGAAUUUCGACUUCAGCGGCAAAGUGGUGCUAGUGACGGGAGCGAGCGCCGGCAUCGGCGAGUCGACGGCGCUGCUGUUCGCCGCGCUGGGCGCGAAGCUGUCGCUCGUGGGCAGGAAUGAAGGCAAGCUGCGCGCCGUGGCGGCCGCGUGCCACAAGCUGCGGGGGCUACAGCCGCUGCCCAUCGUCGCAGACCUCGGCACCGACGAGGGCGUCCAGAAGACCGCCAAGGAAACACUCGACCAUUUUGGAAGACUGGAUGUUCUUGUGAACAACGCAGCUGUAGGCUGCAGGACUACAAUCCAACAACUGGACAUGAAGGCCUUCGACGAGGUGUUCAGGAUAGACGUGCGCGGCGUGUACCAUCUCACCGGGCUGCUGGUGCCCGCCCUCAUAGAGUCUAAGGGAAACAUCGUCAACAUCUCCAGCAUAGCCGCGACGAUGGUCUCUAUUGGCAGCUUGCCUUACCCCAUGGCAAAGGCUGCACUUGACCAUUUCACACGUAACGUAGCGUUAGAGCUCGCUCCCAAAGGUGUCAGAGUAAACUCCGUUAGUCCAGGAGUUACUGUAUCGGAAUUCGUGACUCGAGUGACGAAUCAAUCGGAGGAGCAGUACCGCGAGUGGCUGGCGCAGAUGAGCAAAAACGUGCCCAUGGGCGAGCCGUGCCUGGGAGACGACAUCGCUAAGAUGGUGGUGCACAUCGCCAGCGAGCACAGCCGCCUCGUCACCGGCGCCAUUAUCGAGGUGGAUGGCGGACUCCGGUUCCGCGGCAUCGGCAAUGCCCUCACAGACCAAUAACUCAAUCAUUGUUGACAGAUGAUUCGGCGAAGUAUAUUAUUUUGUAAAUAUUCGUAAUAUUAGUAAAGAUUUUUUGUAAUA